AGAGCUUUUGGUUCAACCCAUUUCACAACCACAACUGGCACCACCAGCGUUUGGAGGUUUUUGGGUUGGACCCACUGCCUGGUUCACGCCUUGGACGCCUUUGGUCCAAUCGAUGACAUGACAAUGCACGGUCCAAGGCGCAUGACGCGUACAACCACGUCACCACUUCUCAAACAACCAUCCGGUUUCAGCCUCAUGUACCACAACCAAGGAGCGGCGCCGCGCCGUCUCAUCACAUCCAAUUGCUGAUGUUUUUUGCAGCUGCACCCGCACGACCCAGCCCUUGCCACGGUCAACUCCGGUCAGGACAGAACUUCUCGUUGAUGGUGACUCGUUCAGCAUUGGAGACAUCAAACGAGCGAUAUAUCUAUUGAAGCAGCAGGGAAGGCAAGUUCAAACAAAGGUGUUUACCUGGCCCAGACGGACUGACAACAAAAAAUGGGCUCAAUUUCUGAAAGAACCCAACAUCAGUUUUCAGCCAGUACCGCGUUCAGCUGGGCGCUCGCACGAGCCCACUGAUCAAGCGAUCAUAUCAGCCAUGUCGCAGGUGUCAAGUCGUCGUGAUGUUGGUUGUAUUGCAUUGCUAACUUCAGAUGGAGAUUUCAUCAGCACCAUGAUUGAUCUUCGAUCCGCAGGUGCCAACUUCCUGGUGGUUGUACCUAGGUUCAAAGAGUCAACAGUUGCCAGAUAUGCAAGUCAAGGUUUCCAAGUGCUUAUUUUGGAGCCCGCUGGCAAGAGUACAGAUCCAAGGGUUAGAGCUAUUCUUCACAGCGAUGGGACUGGCUCAGUGCAACUUGCAGACCCAUACAAAUCAUUUGAGAAUGUGCAAGGGUCAAGAGCUGUGAGGAGCUUCCUGGCAGAUUUGGGAUACGCUUGUCAAGAGCGUGUGAGCCACAUCAGGGACUUCCUCACACCAGCUUGUGCAAAAUUCUGGUUUGCCAACGACUUGGGCUCUCUAACUGUUUUUCCAAGCCAACCUGCAACUCUAGCCGUGCAAGAUGUCAUGACUCAGCAUGCAAAGGCAGGAUGUUGGGCACAGUAUUUGGAAGACUUUGCGUUUGUUUUGCCAUGUUCGACAAGACACAGGCACGGACUGGAGAAGUAUGGAAACAGCAUAGCACGUGGUGUGUAUGCUGGUUCUGGCCCCUUUAUAUUGAAAGAUUCCUCACAGACAACAUCUUUGGUGCUGAGGAGGCUCGGCUAUCUUGAUGACGGUUUGAAUGCAGAUGAAUCUGAAGCAGUGCUUUCCUUUAUAAAUGCUACCAAAAAUAAAGUACAGUUGAGGAAGAUGCAAUUGCUGCCCAAGCCUUCAGACAACAUCAACCAAGCUAAAGGGAAGCUGCGGGCAGCAUUUCUCUCCCAUGCAUGCAAAGGCCUAUGGCAUAUUCCUGGAGACCGCACCAAAGAUGUAACAGUCAUAUUAAGAAAGGCUGGGAUCCUUUCGAAACCUGGUGGCCAAUACUCCAGGAAUGAACUUCUUGAUGCAAUGAGACUCUAUGCCAGAAAGAAGGGGCUACGACCCAUGCAAACCUUUAAUGGCAAUGCCCGGAGCAUUCUCAGGGUCGACAGAGCAGAUCCUUCCCAGAGAGAUGAAAUUAGAUUCGGACGUUUUAAUACUGAGCCUCCAUGCAACUGUGGUUAA